UUUCUGAUUCGCGGAAAAAAGAAACGUGUUUGCUGUUUUGUUUACUUGCGGUUAUUUCAUCCGUCCAAAUUGUACUUUAGUUAAGCGAUGGCUAAAAGUCUCUUGUUAACAUAUAUUCUGUGGUUAAUAGGCGGAUUUUGGGGUUUGCAUCAUCUGUACUUGGGUCGAGACGAACAAGCUUUAGUAUGGGUAAUGUUUGCUGGGGGUUAUUUUGGAUUAGGAUGGUUGAGGGAUCUGUGGAGAAUUCCUGAAUACGUUCAAGAAGCUAAUGGAGAUUCGUAUUAUAUCGAGAAAUUAGUUUAUAAAAUGAGAAAAUAUCCUACUCCACCGUCCAGCACCGUCAGAUAUUGUGGAAUGAUGAUAGUUGCUGAUGCAUUCGGCUAUUUAGUAUUAGCUGCCAUACCUGAAGAGUUAUUACCUGAAUUCCUUUUACCUUUUUCCACAAUAUUUGUUCCAUUGGCGGUUGCUUUAGGUGUUUAUCUUGUUGGAAAUAUUGGCCAGGAAGAAGGUGAUUUUUGGAUGCCCUUAAUUGGAGCAUAUUUGACAUAUCCACUUUAUUUUUGGAAGAAAUCAUCAGUAUUUUGGACAUCGGUACUAUCUUGUGCUGCUUUUAAUCGAUAUGCUAAAAAGUGGCGGCGAUCUCCACGUCGGCAGCGUUCCAUUUUUUAUCGAUUAUUUAUAUUUUUACUUUGCAUUUUGAUAUAUGCAUCGUUAUGGUGUUCUUGGUUAUAUUUUAAUUGUAGUUUUACAGAUAAAGAAGGCCAAGAAAUAUAUUGUAGGGAAGCAAUAAAAAAUUUCUUGACAAGUCCAUUAUGGAAUGAAUUUAAAAAAGUUAUGAAAGAUGUUUAUAAUUUUGCUCAACAUCAUGGAUGGUGGGAAAUAUGGCAUCAGUUAAUACAUGCAUUGGAUCCCCUUGGAGAAAAGAAUGCUUUACAGGUUUUAAAUUUAACACGAAAUGCAACACAAGAAGAAAUUUCUGCUCAGUAUCGAAAACUUUCGCGUCAGUGGCAUCCAGACAGACACAAAGAUCCCGAGGAGAAACAGAAUGCCCAAGAAAAAUUCAUUGAAAUUCAACAAGCUUACGAAGUUCUUUCAGAUAUCAAAUCCAGAAGAGUGAGGAAAAAUAAAAAAGCUCAAUCUACUAGUUCAUCUGAAUUAUAAAAGAAAAUAUAUAUAUUUAAAAAUAUAUUUUUUUAUAAGAAAAAUUGGAAAAGUGUUUUAUUAUUAAACAAAAUUUUAAUUAUUAUUAAAAUUUAUUAAACAUAUACAGACACUUCUCCUAUUAUAAUCAGUUAAUAUACAGCUAUAUAAAUUUAUAAUUAA